AUGCUCAAGCUUACCUAUAUUGCUCGUAUUUCUGAUUCACUUCCGUUGGCUGAAUCUAUUGAUGAAAAGGAAGGUGAUGAUGAAAUUAAUAAUCAACGUAAAAAAAUUAUGGAACAGUUAUCACUUUUUGGAUCAAAUUCAAAUGAAAAGAUUAGUAUUGAUAGUGGUUCAAUGGUUUUCCAUAGUUUAACAAGUAUGGGUGUAAUAUAUAUGACUCUUUGUGAAAAAUCGUACAGUUCACAAAUGGCUUACAAUUUCUUGGAAGAAUUAAAGAAGGAAUUUGAACAACUUUAUAGUUCUGAAGUGCACAAAGUGGAAAGACCAUAUGCCUUUAUGAAAUUUGAUACCUUUAUUCAAAAAACAAGAAGAAUCUAUACUGAUUCUCGUACAAAGAGAAAUAUUCAAACUCUUAAAGAUGAAUUAAAUGAUGUACACCAAAUUAUUAAGAAGAAUCUUUCGGAUGUUAUUGGAAGAGGAGAAGAAUUAAAUCAAAUGAGUAAUAUGAGUAAUGAAAUACUGGAUGGAGCUAAAAAGUUCAAAACUGGUGCAACAGAACUGGCCAAAUUAACUUUAUGGAAAAAGUACAAGAUACCACUUAUCAUUCUUGGUAUCUUGAUUUUCUUAAUUUUGUUGCGUUACAUUCUUUUCUAA